ACUAGAAAAUAUGAACGCUAAGGUCCUCAUUCUCCUCGGUCUGGCAGCCAUUGUUGCUGCAGACAGCUUCGAGUCCUUUGAAUACAGGCCACCAAGGCACUCAAGGGAAGAUUCCUUCGAAUCUUACGAGUCGGGUGAGGCCAAGUACGACUUCAAUUGGGCCGUCAGCCACGAUCCCUCAAGCAACGAGUUCGGACACCAGGAGGCCCGUGACGGCGACCACACUCAGGGAUCCUACUACGUGGAGCUCCCCGACGGCCGCCUUCAGACCGUCAAGUACUUCGUGGACGGCGACUCCGGCUACGUGGCCGAAGUCAACUAUGAGGGCGAAGUCUCCCUCGAAUCCGCUUCAUUUGAGUCUCGGGAGUACAGACCACGAUAUGUCUAUGACUCCAACGAGUCCAAGUAAUUCACUAAACUUGACUGGAUCUUGACAUUUGGUAUUGACGAUUGAACGUUAUUUAUUUUGUACAAAGUAUUUAUGAAGUCAAUAAAUUAAUGUGACUGCA